AUGAGUGGUGCAACGCCAAAACCAACAGCUAGCUCAGAAAAACUAAAAUGGCAAGCCAAAUCUGCAUUUAAAGAAGGUAAUUACACUUUAGCCGUCGAGUUGUUCAGUUACGCUUUAGAGCAAGUACCCAAAUACGCCCCUUACUUAACGAAUCGUGCAUUGUGUUAUUAUCGUUUGAACGAUGCAGAUAAAGUUUUGAAAGAUGCCACCGCUAGUAUACAAUCCGAUCCGAAAUGGACCAAAGGAUAUUUCUAUAGAGGAAAAGCAUUGGAAAUGUUGAAUCGAAAGGAUGAAGCAAUUCCAUACUAUCGCAAAUGUUGUGAAUUAGAACCAGAUCAAAAAGAAUACGAAGACGUCCUUAAAGAGUGUCUCUACACUCCACCACCACCAACACCAACACCAAGAUUUACCACAGCAGCUAACAGACCAACGAAUCAGACGCCCAGUCACGAUGUCAUAUGUGAUGUAUGUCGUUGUAAUCCAAUAGUGGGUGUUCGAUACAAAUGCUCUGUAUGUGACGAUUAUGACUUAUGUUCGAAAUGUAUUGAGUCAAAUCCUAAUCAGAAAGGACAUCGCGAUACACAUGCAUUAACUCCGAUCAAACAACCUUCCCAUGUUCUUUCGAAUCGACCAGCAUCCAACAUGACCACUACCUCAAAGCCACAGAUCGAUGUUUCCCUCGACAUUCAUAGUUACAACAUCGUGCUAGUCGUGGAUGUAUCUCUAUCAAUGAUUGGCUACGAGGCGAAUAACCGAAUCAAUCCCUCCAAGAAUCGUUGGCCAGCAACCCAACGUGGUAUCGUCAAAAUCGUCGAUCAGCUAGGGUUAAACGACUGUCUGACGUGUUUAGCGUUCAAUGCCAAAGUUUAUGAAGUCAUGGAUAGCUAG